AUGCCCGAAUCCAACAAACGCGACCGCUCGUGUAUAGGAAUCCUGUUCUCACUCGGCCUCACCGCCCUCUUCAUGUGGCUUAGCCUCCGCCCUUCCAAACCCACCCUCUCAAUUGAGCAAUUUUACGUCCCUGCCCUUAACAAAACCGCCAUCUCAAACCUCUCCGCCACAAUACCGCCUGUGAAUACCACCGUCGCUUUCCACCUCAAACUCAGAAACGAAAACAAGGACAAGGGCGUUUACUACGAUGCCCUCAACAUUACUCUUUAUUACGGCCCCAACCACUCAGUAGUAGGGAAUCUGACAUUGGAUUCUUUCUAUCAGGGGCAUAAGAAGACAGCUCAUAGGAUGGAAGGAUUAAAAGCUAAGGGAAGGGCAUUUUGGGAAAAUGCAACGAAGGCGGUUUCCGAACAGAAUUCCACGGUUUUCAGGGUGGGUUUGUGGACGGCGGUGAGGUAUAAGAUCCUCGGCAUCAAGACCAAGCGCCACCGGUUCCGGCUCGUCGUUGACGUCGAGGUCAACGCGGAGGGUGCCUGGCCAAAGAAGAAGGGCGUAAAGUUCCACUCGCGCGCGGCCGCGCAGGCUGGCUAUCCUGCGCGGCUGGGGGUGCCGCUCGCCAUGCUGGUUCUGGUUCUGGUUUGGUAG